UUUUUUACAGUGUCCACAGCACGUGAACGCACCGUGACUCUUCAGUAAAAUCUUUUAUAUUAGAGUCCAAGAGUAAAACACGUGGUGUAGACAUGUUCCUCCGCCACUCGCUAGAUGACGCUGCAGCCUGUUUUGUUUUGUAUUAUGUUUUCGCCACAGAUCCGGGGGCAGUGUCUCACAGCAGGGAAAAGCCAGGACGUAAGAUGUGAUCGGACAAAAAAUUGUGUCACUAUGACAUUUAACUGCAUUUGAGAGACACCUGCUUUCAACACACGCACGUUUUCGUUUCUAGAGAAGGAUGAACUCGCCUCUCGUCCAUUUCUGGGCCACAAGAAGACCAGAAGAGCUGCAUCGUUGCCUGAAGUGGCCCACAUCCGUAUGCUAGCUGGUUUGUUUUCAUAAUCACAGAGCUGAUAGGCAGAGAUGUCCCUGUGAAACCCCUGCUCCUCCACUGUGGCUGUAGAAAGCACCAUGCUGGAUAAACCCAGUGAUAAAGACCAACAGGCUGGCCACUGCUCAGACUGUGGAUGCACUUUCAGCCAACCAGAGCCAGACUCAACCAGCACGUCAUCCCCUCCCAACCAGCAGCAGACACUCCAGUCCAGGUGUCCGACCUGCCAGGCGGGCAGCAGCCUCUCCAAUGGCCGACGGCCGCACCGGCGCUUACGCCUGGACCCCCACAUCUGCAGCCUGUGCAACAAAACCUUCAUCUCCUCCGCCCACCUGACCCUUCACCUCACCUCCCACAACAAGGAGAGGAAGUUCAGAUGCAGCACCUGUGGCAAGUUCUUCCACCAGUCCUCCCAUCUGAUGGCGCACAAGAUAAUCCACAGCGGAGACAGGCCGUUCAAAUGCCCGGAGUGUGGCAAGACCUUCGGCCGCGCCUCACAUCUGAAGACGCACAGCCGGCUCCACACUGGCGAGAAGCCCUUCAAGUGCUCCUACUGUGACAAGUGUUUCACGCAGAAGGCCGGGCUCCUAGCGCACGUUCGUAUUCACACAGGGGAGCGGCCGUACAAGUGUGAGCGGUGCGGUGAGGGUUUUCGGUCUUUUUCCCUCCUGCUCUCUCACAAGGCACAGGAGUCCUCUGGGAAGGCCAAACCAGCACCUGCAGCAGCACCGACCCAACCUGAGAAAACACAGGGUAGCACAGAGGAUCUGAAGUGCGGCGUCUGCUGCCGCACCUUUGUCCGAUCGUCGUACAUCCGGCUGCACAUACGCCUCAAGAAAGGACUGCGGCCAUAUCACUGCAAAGUGUGCAACAAGACCUUUGUCAAGCUGGACACCUUUGUGAACCACUGUGAUAAACACUUGAGGAAAAAAAAGGAUAAAAGUAAGGAGGUUAAGGUCAAAGUUGUAAAACCCCCUCUGUUUGUUCCACUCUCCAGGCCUUCGUCACCUCCUCUUCCUCCUGCUCCUGAAUCCUUACCCACUCAGCCUUUAUCCUCAGAAGUCAACACACGCUCCAGGUCAAAAGCAAAGAGUAAAACAGAGCAGUGACCAGGAAGUGGGCAUCUACUUGGACAAAAAUGAUCUUUAAUGCAAUUCUGCUAUUGUCAUAUUAAGAUAUUGUCUUAAAAACACCUGAAACAAAUGAAAAGUCACUCGUUUCCAAAUUCCCGAAAAGACAAAGAACAAAUUUGCGGUUGAAUAACUCCAGAAAAACAACAGACUUAUAUUAACGUUAGUUUACGAAUUGCACACUUAUUUUAUUUAGAAUAUUGAAUUUUAUUGCGAACAAUUCAGUGUUUUUAUUGCACAUUUUAGCUCGUGUGAGGGAUUAACAUUAGUACCAAUAAUAUUUAUGUGGCAUGCAUGUUCACUUUAAUCUUUUCAUAUAGACAAAGAAAAGAAAUCUCCAAUUGUUGUAAUUCAUGGUUAAUCUGUUUUCUUAACUCCAUACAGGCCCAUUGGCUUUUAAAACACUUGUACAAAUGCAAAGUAAAUGUAUAUUGUGGAAAAAUAAAGACAGAAACAUAGUGUUGAA